UCCUCUGAGGAAGUGUUCUUAACAAAUGAAAAGAAAGAACACGUUGACCUGGUGUAAGGCGGUGUCACUUAAUAUCCAGUUGAGUCUUAAAGGAUUCCGGGGAAAAUGGCGCGUGCGUUUGCCUUCAGGGGUGUAAACAAAAAUCAGGUUUAGGAUCUCGAGGAAAGAAAAAUAGUAUGGCGUAUUUGAAGGAGCGCGUGAGAGAAGUCGGGCAGUGGGGCCGUUUAGCCGAAGGUAUUUUUGCAGCCCCCCGCCCAGAACAAUUGGAGCUUCUUGAUUUCGAGUUGCCUUUAGAGACGAGAUGAGACACUCAAAGAGAACUUAUUGUCCUGAUUGGGAUGAAAAAGAUUGGGAUUAUGGAAAAUGGCGGAGCAGCAGCGGCAGUCAUAAAAGGAGGAGGAGAUCACAUAGCAGUGCACGGGAGAACAAGCGCUGCAGAUAUAAUUACUCUAAAACAUCUGAUAGCUAUUAUCUGGAAAGCAGAUCCAUAAAUGGGAAGGAUUAUCAUAGUCGACGCUACAUUGAUGAAUACAGAAAUGACUACAAUCAAGGAUGUGAACCUGGACAUCGUCAUAGAGAUCAUGAAAGCAGAUAUCAGAACCAUAGUAGCAAGUCCUCUGGUAGAAGUGGAAGAAGUAGUUAUAAAAGCAAACAUAGAAUUCACCACAGUACUUCAUAUCGUCGUUCACAUGGGAAGAGUCACCGAAGGAAAAGAACCAGGAGUGUAGAGGAUGAUGAGGAGGGUCACCUGAUCUGUCAGAGUGGAGACGUACUAAGUGCAAGAUAUGAAAUUGUUGAUACUUUAGGUGAAGGAGCUUUUGGGAAAGUCGUGGAGUGCAUUGAUCAUAAAGCGGGAGGUAGACAUGUAGCAGUAAAAAUAGUUAAAAAUGUGGAUAGAUAUUGUGAAGCUGCUCGCUCAGAAAUACAAGUUCUGGAACACUUAAAUACAACAGACCCCAGCAGAACAUUCCGCUGUGUCCAGAUGUUGGAGUGGUUUGAACAUCAUGGUCAUGUCUGCAUUGUGUUUGAACUACUAGGACUUAGUACUUAUGACUUUAUUAAGGAAAAUGGUUUUCUGCCCUUUCGACUGGAUCAUAUCAGGAAGAUGGCAUAUCAGAUAUGCAAGUCUGUGAAUUUUCUGCACGGUAAUAAGUUGACUCACACAGACUUAAAACCUGAAAACAUCUUAUUUGUGCAAUCUGACUACACAGAGGCAUAUAAUCCCAAAAUGAAACGUGAUGAACGUACUUUAGUAAAUCCAGAUGUUAAAGUUGUAGACUUUGGAAGUGCAACAUAUGAUGAUGAACAUCACAGUACAUUGGUAUCCACAAGACACUAUAGGGCACCUGAAGUUAUUUUAGCCCUAGGGUGGUCCCAACCAUGUGAUGUCUGGAGUAUAGGAUGUAUUCUUAUUGAAUAUUACCUUGGGUUUACAGUAUUUCCAACACACGAUAGUAAGGAACAUUUGGCAAUGAUGGAAAGGAUUCUUGGACCUUUGCCAAAACAUAUGAUACAGAAAACCAGGAAACGUAAAUAUUUCCAUCAUGAUCGAUUAGACUGGGAUGAACAUAGUUCUGCUGGCAGAUAUGUUUCAAGGCGCUGUAAACCUCUGAAGGAAUUUAUGCUUUCUCAAGAUGCUGAACAUGAGCUUCUCUUUGACCUCAUUCAGAAAAUGUUGGAGUAUGAUCCAGCUAAAAGGAUUACACUUAAAGAAGCCUUAAAGCAUCCUUUCUUUUACCCCCUUAAAAAAAGUACAUAAAUCUAUAAUUGUAUAGCUCCCUUAAGAGAUCAUAUGGACUGUAUCAGUCUAAUUUUUAAAUAUUAAGUUAUUUUGUACAGCUUUUGUAAAUUUACAUUUUUGUAUUGCCAUGUUUAUUUUGUUUGGAUAACUCGAUUUAAGUAAAUAUUAGCUAAGUAAAGUAAUGAACAUCUUUUUCAGUAAUUACAAAAUGAUUUAUUCAGAAUAAAUUUUUGUACUUAAAAAACUUAUAUGAAUCUGUAUAGUUUGUUUUUAGCACCAUUUUUGUUCUACCUGUUAUUAUAAGAAUGGAUGUGUAUCUCUUCCUGGAGUUUUCCUUCAUAAGUCUUUGGAAAUGUUUAGCUUUGUUUGCAUUUUAGGGGUUGCCAGCAUUGGGAGUUAUUUCUUCCUUCUCUAAACCAAAUGCAAUGAAACCAGGUUAUAGAAUACAAAGAACUAGAGAUGAGCCAAGAAAAUUUUGUUCUCCCUUUAUUACCAAAUUUAAUAGUGCUGCUUUCUUGUCACCCCCAGUGGGAUUCCACAAAUGGCUUAAGUUAGUGGGGAAUUUAGGAUUCUACGCAGUUGGCUUUUU